CACUUUUAAUAAUGAAGCUUACCCUCUAGCAAUAAAUUUACCCAAAAACACCUUGACUUAUUUUGUUAAGAAAAGUCUCAUGAUUUAACAAAUAACUGGUUGAAAUGGUUAAAACCGCCAGAUUUUUUGUUUAAUUUUAAAUGAGACAUUGGAAGUUUUGCGAGCAAGCUUUUGACCUGUGCUAUAGUUACUUAAAAUUAAGUUUAAUUUUUCAAAAAAUUGUUUAAUAAUUUUACCAAGGAAAUGUUUACCACUAGAUUUGGUAACCACUAGAUAUUGUCUAGGUAAUGCAUAAAGGUUAUGUUUAUUAUGUUUAGUAAAUAUAAAUAUAUAUCGAUUUUCAAAAAUGACUUCCAAACGUCCACUAGAAACAGACAACGAGUCUUCUGCGAGCCCUACAAAAAUACGCCAGAUAUCUAACAGCCCCAAAACACCUAACACAGAAGAUCAACAGAAUAAAGGAUUAGGAAUUCUUGAAUCAAAGUUCCAGAUUGAUUUAAAUGUUUUAAAAUGUCAGAGUGCAAGGAAGGACCAGAAUAAGGAGGAUUUACUAAGGAACCUGAAUACUACAACACAACAGUUAAAUGCAUAUAAGGAAAAGCUUGAGAAAGCUGAGGAAGUUCACCGUAGCGAGAUGAAGAUCAUCAAAACAACGUUUGAAACAAAGGUGGAAGAAAAAGAUAAAACUAUUGUAAACCUACAAAAGUUUGUUGACAAGGCGCAAAUGGAAAUAAAAGACCUAAUGGAUGAGAAAGGAGGAGAAGAUUCUGAAAUAAUUUUUAAUUUUUCAAACUCUAUUCAACCACUUAUAGAACAAGUUAGAGAAUUGCAAACAGUUAAGGUUGCGCUGACUGAAAAACACCUCAAGUGUCAACAAGAGCUUUCCAAACAACAACAAGAAGUGGAGGCUCUUAAAAAGUCACUUCAAGAGGAGUAUGUAUUAAAGGAUGAUUAUCUGCUCCUUCAAAAAGAAAAGAAUCUUUUCCAAAAAAUGUCAGAAUCAAAUAAGUUGCAUGCCUUGGGGGAAAAGGACAAUUUUUAUGUAACCGUCAAUCGUGGAAAAAUUGAAUUACUUCAGAAGGAGGUACAAACACUGCAAGACAAACUAUCUCAAAAAGAUGAAACGCAUUCUGCAGAAAUGUCAGAGGUGGAAUCUGAGAAUAUCAAAUUGAAGAAAAAGUUACGAGAUCUAGAAACAAAAUACACCAUUCUGUCCUGCACGCCACCAAAGGUGCAGGUUCGAAAAGUGUUUGACGAAGACAAAGAAAAACAACUGGAGUCGGUUAGAAACGAAAAACAAAAUCUAUCACUUGAUUUUCGAAGGUUGCAAAGAAAGGUAGCUGAGAUGGAGGAAAAAGCAGAAGAUCUUAAAGCGAAAUUGAAACAAUCUGAAAAAAGGGAAAAUGGUAAUAAAGAGAGGAUAAGAGACUUAGAAACACAGAUUGAAACUUUUAAGAUGCUGGAAAAAAGAUUUGAACAAGAAAUGAAAAUUAAAAAAUCUCUUCAAGAUGAGAUUAACAACAAACAGAGCGAGUUGGAACUUGCAGCAACAGAGUUCCAGCAUCGAGAAGCAACUUUCAAAACUCAAACUGCAGCUCAAGUAAAAACAGCUAUUUUAAAAACUGAAGAGAAAUACAGUGGCAUGAAAACGACCUACGAUAAGUUAAAACAAGCUGUGUAUACUCUCUUGAAGGAAUUGAAUGAUGUCAAGCUUUUUAAAAUACAGCUGCAGAUGGAUAUUGUGCAAAUGCAGAAUGCGAUUCAACCCAGUUUAAUUCACAUCAAGACACAGUUGUUGAAAGCUGUUGACGAUACAAACCGGAAGUCGCAAAUACUUGUCCAUAAGUAUAAAAAAGAAAUACAAUUACGAAAGAAACUGCAUAAUACAUUAAUUGAAUUGAAAGGAAACAUUCGCGUGUUGUGUCGCGUGCGCCCCAUCAUUCGCGAAGAUGGCGCAGACUGUGUUAACGUAACUAGUUUUAAUGAUGACGAUUCUGCGAUUGUUUAUGUUAAUCAUAAGAAUACGAUGCGAAAGUUUGAAAUGGAUCGAGUGUUUAAACCUGAAGCAUCACAAACCGAGGUGUUUAACCAUGUGCAAUCACUAAUCACAUCUUGUUUGGAUGGUUACAAUGUUUGUAUAUUUGCAUAUGGACAAACAGGGAGUGGUAAAACGUACACCAUGGAGGGUACGAAAACUAAUCCUGGCAUCAACCAACAAGCAUUGAUGUUGUUGUUUAAAGAGACUGAGGAGCAACUUGACUGGGAGUAUACUAUUUUAGUCAGUUUUAUGGAAAUAUAUAAUGAAAUGUUACGGGAUUUGUUGAGCACAGAACCGACGACCAAGUUAGAUAUUAAACAAAGUAAAGAUGGUAUCCAUGUCCCUAAUAUGACUCAUGUCAAAGUUACUUGUGUCGACGAAGUUAACGAGGUGAUCAAUCUGGGCCAUCGUAACAGAAUAACGGCCUGUACAGAUAUGAAUGAACGUUCAAGUCGAUCACAUUCUAUCCUGACUGUUUCAGUGAUCGGUCACAACAUUAACACAAACACGAAAAUAACAGGAAAAUUGAAUCUUGUUGAUUUGGCAGGCAGUGAGCGCAUCUCAAAAUCGGGAUCAGAAGGGUUGCGUUUGAAGGAAGCACAAAACAUCAACAAAUCACUUCUGUCUCUCGGUGAUGUCAUACAUUCGUUAAAAAAUAAACAACAACAUGUACCAUACCGCAACACGAAGUUAACCUAUUUAUUGCAAGACUGUCUGGGUGGCGAUUCAAAAACAUUGAUGGUGGUACAGGUUUCUCCCGUGGAAAAAAACGUUUCAGAAACCAUAUGCAGUUUAAAUUUCGCUCAACGAGUACGAUCUGUAGAAUUGGGACAAGCUACAAGGAAAGUUGAAAAGUAAAAACACAAGUGAAUAAUAUUUUAAUAGAUUUUAUUAUAGCACACUUGUUUUUCCAAAUUAUACGAUAAAUUCGUGUUAAAACUGCUCUAAGUAGUAAUGGGAGAUGUCCCCCCUUACAAGUAACCUCCCAGUCAUUGAUAUUAUUCUUAAUGUUUGAAUAUUUUUAAGAAUGGUGUGUACUUUAAGGGCGGAAAUUUUCGCGAGGAUAAAAAAUUGCGAAAUUUCACGAAGUUAAUUUUCGCGAAUUCUACUUCUGGAAGAAAUUUUACAAAGAAAACUUUCCUGAAUUUUCCAAAAUCUUCAUUUUUAGAAACAAAAACUUAUGACAAUAAAUUUCAAUAAAAAAAUUGAUUUACUCUUCUCUUCGUUUUUUAUCUUGAAAUUUGAAAUUUCUGAUACUAAGGUAUUCAACCCCUUCCGUUUUUCGAUUUUUAGCUGAUUUCCCCACAUUAAGUCGGGCUUUGGAGCCAUUUUUAGAGUUGAAUUUUAAAGCCAUUUUGGGCUGAUUAUUUUUUUUCGUUGUGAUUCUAUUAUUUCUACCUUUGUCCUCGUAGCCCUCGUUAUUUAAGAGUUUUCGGCUUUUAAAAUUUGGAAAAAACUUUAACGACUUUUAGAAGAUUUUCAGGUUAAAUUUCUUACGGGGCAGAAAUUUUCGCGAAAAGGGGCCAAAAUUGCGAAAAUCCCUUAAAGUAGUCAACGCAGCAUUUCCAUGGUGAUAUGUAAGAAAUUAUAUACAGUAAUCCUCAUUAAAAAAAUGGGUAGACAACCUGUUUAUUAUGAAUAAUUGGUUUGAGUGAAAUUUCGAAUGUAAAUUUUGGAGAAAAAUGAAACGGUAACCUUAAUAAAACUAAUUAACUAAACAAACAAAAAUGCUUGGUCGUGUCACUAAAGGGAAAACAUGCGUCAAACGAGUUCUUUAUGUAUGUGUGUGAAUUUAGAAGCUGUGUAUUUAAUAUUACUGAAUAUAAAAUUAUGAAUUUCCUGGCUUUACGUGACGUCACUUCUGUUGAAUGUUGAGAUACAUAAAUUUUAAUUUUAAAUUAGUAAAAUUAUUUAGUGGUUUUUAGAAUAUUUACCUCGACCUUAAUUUGCGUCUCCUCAUGCUUGGUCAAACUGACCAGGUUAAAAAUGUCAAUAAAAAAAAUUGGAGCACUGUGUUAUGGUCGAUCUUAGAGGUCACAGUAAUGCUGAAUUAUUUUAAAUUUAAUGUGGGAAUAUCCAAUUUCAUAAUUUCUAUAUUAUUUUCUGGUACUUUUCUAAAGUUUUCGCGAAAUUAGAUUCUGCUAUAUCCGUCAAAUAUAUAGCUCUAAAAUGAUCUGGAGAACUUGCCAAUUUCCAUUUAAGGAAUAAUAGAUGUUAAAACUAUAAAACAAGGCUCAAUUUGCAAUAUUUCUGACCUGUUGUGGAAGUGCGUUUAGGAUAAAUUCAAUCCCAGUUCGGGCUGAAUUUAUCCCGGCAAUUGUCCCGUCCCGCCGUCUCUCAUAUAAGCAGCACCUAAACCUGUAGUUAAUGGGAUCAACAAAUUCUCAUCAGCUUAUAUGUUCAAAAAAUUCCGUUGAUCAAUAGUGUUUUGAAAAAUAUCAAUUAGUUUACAAAGCCACCCAGCUACUUUUUUAUACUAUUGUUUCUUUUGAAAUCUACAUAGCCAAUCAUUGGAUGCAACUACUUUUGAUUAGCAUUAAAUCUGUCAAUCAUAUUUUUGACCAAUCACAAUUUGUAACGAUAAUUUAUUGGUGUGUGUUAAAUAUGUAUAAAAUUUGUUGUUUGUCUGUUGGGUCUUCUAUGUGUAAAAUGAAGUGAUCUUACAGAAACAUUUUCAUAAAAACCUAAAGGUUAAAAUAGAUUUGUGUUGCUGAAAGUGUAGCAAUUCUAAAGCAAUAUUUUCAUACUUUUUAAGUAAGUUUUCUGCUGAAGCAUCCCAGUUGUUUAGGUUAUUUUCUUGUGAAGUUCAGUUGUGAAUGUAGAUAGAGCUUUAAGCUUUCUAAAUGUAAAUAGCACUUAUACUUUUCGAAUAUCAUUCACGAUUUAUUCAAAUAAAAAGGAUUCCGUUUAAAGUAAAUUUUUUCUUUUUUUUUGGAUUAUCUUGACAUGGCUACCAACC